AUGUGCCAUUUGCAACCGGUACAAAAAGACCCUUGCCAGCAUGGAUCCAGAAACGCAGGCCGUUGCCGUGCAGAUGCUCGAGAGAGCAGGAAAGAUUAACAGCGUCCAGGUACUGAUAGAAGAGAAUAGCUUGUUGAACAAGAGGUCGAUUUAUAAACCGUUGGACGGAACUUCCUCUACAGACCUGGAUGACUUUCCUCACCUAUCAUUAGAUGACCUUAGGAAUAUAACCAUGGGUGUUUACCAGGUGAAACAGGCUCCAGCAUACACCAAGGAGCACACUGAUGAUGAUGGGGGAUAUGAACUGAUGGCAUGCCGUGACUUUCCCGAUUUGCUGAGAGUAAAGAUACAGUCCAGACACUCCAAAAACGCGAUCCACACCCUCUGGAUUCAGUACACUUCAGACACUGGGAAUAUUCGGGGCUGGUACUGUACGUGUAAAGUAGGCGCCAGAGUUGUUGGGUGUUGUGCACAUGUUGCCAGUGUCCUUUGGUUUCUUGGCUGGAAACGACAUUUGCCAGAGGAUCAAUUGGGGAAACCUGGACUAGCUUCAUCUUGUUUAAAUGCUUCGUCUUCGUCAGGAACAUUCUCUAGUAACGAUCCGUUGGAGGAGUGAAGAUUGCACUGUGAAUGACUAUGAUUUAUAUAUUUUCUGAACAUACAAUGAACUAUAUUUCUUCUUUAUGUUUCCUCAUUUUGUUUUUAUUAUUUGCCAAUAAACGAUUCACAAUCUGACACAAUUUAAUGCCUAAAUGUUUAUUUAUUAACAGUCUGUUGUCUUUCCUGACUUCAAGGUUUGUUUUAAUUCUUAUGCAAUACUCCAUUACAAAUGCAUUAUUUGCACAUCAUAUACAUGUAACUGGUUUCUUUUUCAAUGUACUGAUUUAAUCCAACAUAGUUCAUAAAAAUGAGUUGCAAACUCAAUUCUUUGCACUUUAUACUGAUUCCAUAAUUAAUUUUCACGCAAAAAUAUUAAUUUAGCUUGUGGUUGCUAGGGAUUAAAAACUGUUGCUAUGGAAGAAAUGCAUGUUUUUGUUGUAAAUAACAGUUUUUUCCUGAUAACUUACAAUACAUGUAUUACUUUAAGUGUUUAUCAGAAUUUCAUCGUACAUUACAAGGCUAUGUCAGACAAAAUUUUCUCAAAAUAUAGCAAAUAUGCAUACUAUGACUACAUGGUUGUUAGGGACCGUUGCUAGGCAACGAAAAAGGCGAUCGCCUCAAAUCAUGCAUUUUUGCAAAUACUAACACUAGGUCUAUGUUGUGUGUGAUAAUCAAUUAUAUCGGAUGUGGAGCCAAAAAUAGCCUAUAGUGCACUUAG